CCACACACACACACGCGGCCAGUGACGAGCAGCAAAAGGGCGGCGGGGGCGAAGCGGCCCCUGCCUUGUCCUGCGGACCCGGGGGCAGGUGAGGGAGAGCCCCGGCCCCGGGAAUCGCCUUCUCCCAGGCAGCUAUCACAAGAGCACAACAAUCAUUCAGAAUCCAAAGUGGAAGAAUCUAGCAUACCGUCACCUGCCGAAUCAUCUGAGGACCAGACACCUGUAGUUGAAUCCCCACCAUCACUGGAUGACUUACCUGGGUUUAAAACACCAACUGUCUGUAGUGGAAUUGCCAGUGUCUGCAGACGACCUGAUUAUUGAGAAACUACCAGGUUUUGAGGACCAGUUACCGCUCAUUGAAUAGUCCACAUCCAGGGAAAGCUCACCUGAGAUCAGAUCAUCUGUGGGUGAACUGUCAAGUUUUGAAGUCAAGAUGUACAUGUCUGACUCCACACAGGGUGGUAACACAUCUGAGGCUGUAUCAUCAGCAGCAGAGACUGCGUAUGAAACACCAGAGCCAACGAUAUUUGAAAAUGCCUAUCAAAUGUCCAUCGAUUACGUGGAGAAACAUAACAUUAUGCAGAUAUUUCAGGAGAUCACAGAAAAAUUGGUGUACUCUAAACCUGAUGACCCCUUGCAGUUCAUACUGAUGGAGGUGCAGUCUAUGAUAGAAGCCAGGCAGGCAGAAAUGGAGAGAAUAUCAGAGGAGAACAAAGAUGUGCAAGUGCUCUAAUUUCCUGAUGGAUGGCAAUGUAUUCCCAAAUGACUGUCUCUAUGACUAUGAAGAGAACACCAUAGAAACUUCAUCUAUCUAUUUUUAGCUAAAAGUCUGAUGAUUAGGUUGUGUGAUUCUCUGCAGCACAGCUUGGGCCCAAAAAGUCUGGGAAUAACAGAAGCAAGUAUUUGACAUAUGAAUUCCAUGUCUGAGAAGAGUUUCUUUUUUAUCUAAGGUUCUCAAAAAAAAAAAAAUCAGUAACUCAUUUGUUUCCAGGUUAAAGGUAGGUAAGCACCCAUCAUUCUUAGAGCAGGGAGGUUUUUAAGGUUAUUUUGAGCCUAGGGGUGGCUCAAGAUUCAGAUUCAAUCUUUGUUGGUUUUGUAAGAACAAGCAUUGAGGCCAUGUUGCUGAGAACACAGCUGCACUAGGCAGGGCAUGUCUCAAGGAUGAAGGACCACCGCCUCCCUAAGAUCUUGCUUUAUGGUGAACUUGCCACUGGCUGUCGCAAGAGAGGAGCCCCGAAGAAAAGAUACAAGGACUCCCUGAAACAACAUCUCAGCCUUGGCCAUAUUGAUCACCAUAACUGGUCUACUCUGGCCUCCAGUCGGGAGGCCUGGAGACACACUAUCUUCAACACUGCUGUUUCCUUUGAGAACACACUCAGGAUCACUCUCGAGGAGAAAAGACAACGCAGAAAGAAUCGUGUCUUGCAGAAUAGACCACCUAAGGAGCCUUUCUGAUGUGCCUUUUGCAAUCGGAUAUGUCUAUCUCAUAUUGGCCUCAUUAGCCACCAGCGUGCUUGUAACAAACGUGGGUAGAGCCUUCCUAAAUCUUCGUUCGCGAAGCCUGGCCAUGAGGUGUAGACUUAGGCAUCUAGGUGCUACUGAAGUGGUGAGAUGCUUUUGAAAUCCCUACUUAUCCUUGGCAACUGGAAGAAUCAGACACUGAGAUUGUUUUUCAGCCUGAUAUAUUUUUGAUCAAGAGUUUGUAAGCAGCCCUGUGUAUAUAUGCCCUGUCCUAACGUAUCUCUGUGAAACAGAAAACAUGUGGAAGAUGAAGACAGUGGCUGAAGCCUUCUCAUCUCUAUGGUCAUUUGUCAUCAUGUUGUCCCAGAAGAUGGAGAAGUUGGCAUGUCUUUAAAUUAUGUUGUAGAACAGGAUUAGGGUACAGGAUUGGGUACAGCCUUAGCUGUAUGUUUCCUGCUUUUGUCAUUUGUGUAUUGUAUUUUGUUGUUCUGUUUUACUAAUGAAAAGCUUUUGACUUGUAA